AUCUGGUUUGAAGUGCGAAUGGCCACUUUAGACAAACGUCCAUCCUUCAAACUUCGAUCUAUAUAUCUAUAUAAAUACACAAACACAAACAUUAGUUCCUCUCAAAUUCACUCAUCAACUUAGUUAAUUAGUAUAAUAGUAAGAACAAGUUAGUUAUCACAGCAAAAUGGGAUCUACUGUGCAUGUGGUGGAUAUUCCAGAAGGAGGAGGAUCAUUAGAGAGUGUUUGCAUGGAAAAGAAAAAGAAUGGUGAUCGAGUUUCUGUGUUUUUGUUCUUGGUUUCUUCUGUUAAAGAAAUGAAAAAUGAAGUCGAUGUGAGAAAAUGUGUGCAUAGUUUGAAAGUUGGAGUGGCUCUGGUUCUGGUUUCACUUCUGUAUUUUCUUGAUCCUCUUUACAAAGAAGUUGGUGAUGAUAAUGCUAUGUGGGCUAUUAUGACUGUUGUUGUCAUCUUUGAGUUCUAUGCAGGUGCUACACUUGGAAAGGGGCUGAAUCGUGGAAUGGGAACUAUAUUAGGAGGUGCAUUAGGGUGCAUGACGUCAACUUUAGGUCAACAAAUUGGUGGAAUCGGAAACUCCAUUAUUGUUGGAAUUGCAGUACUAUCUUUUGGCGGAGCAGCGACAUACUGCAGAAUGAAACCGAGCAUAAAAGUAAGAUAUGACUAUGGAGCAAUGAUAUUCAUACUCACCUUCAGUCUCGUCGCCGUCUCCGGGCUGCGGUUCGAGAAGGUGAUUGAAUUAGCUCGUGAAAGGCUGUUGAUGAUUGCUUUAGGGUUUGUAAUCUGCAUUUUCAUAAGCUUGUUCGUGUUUCCAACAUGGGCUAGUGAUGAGCUUCAUCAUUCUUUUGUCUCCAAAUUCAAUUCCCUUGCCUCCUCCAUUGAAGGAUGCCAUGAGGAGUAUUUCAAAGUACUCAAGAAUGAAAAGGAAGACAAGCCAAUUACCAACUUCAGUAAAUGCAAAUCAGUGCUCAACUCCAAGUCCAAGGAUGAAUCAUUGGCAAAUUUUGCAAAAUGGGAACCAUGGCAUGGUAAAUUUGGGAUGUCGUACCCUUGGGAUAAAUACCUAAAGAUUGGAGAAAUUCUUAGAGAACUUGCUGCAACCAUCUUUUCACUCCAAGCUUCUCUUCAGCCAGCUCCUACUGAGUCAAUGCGAAAUCUAAGACAAUCAAUUAAAGAACCAUGCUUAGAAGUCGGAUCCUCACUUGCAUGGGCAUUAAAGGAGCUUGGAGAAAGCUUAAAGAAAAUGAAAAAAUGCAAGGCACAAAUUUUAAUAGUGCCAAAGUUAAAAUCAGCAAGGAUGCAACUAACUGAGGUGGCAUUAAUCUGUCCUUCAAAUGCAGCAGAAGGACUUGAAAUAGCAAGCUUUGUUUUCUCAUUAAUGGAGAUGCUACACAAAUUGGAAAUUUUGGCCAAAGAGGUUGAUGAACUUGGAGAACUUGCUUGCUUCAAACAAUGUGAUCAGUAGCUUGUACCAAUAACCAGUUAAUAUAUAUAUAUAUAUAUAUAUAUAUAUGGAUAUGCAUAUGUGCUCAAGAGGAUGGAGAAGAUAGCUAUAACCAAGAAGAAAUGGUUUUUUCUUGAGAGAUUAUAUAUUUAAAUACUUAUGAUAUUGGUGAGGGGAUGCUUAUACUGUAAAGUAUACAAAAGCCAUUGCAGUUAAUGCACAUAUUCUAUUUCCUCCAUUUUUUUUUGUUUUAACAAUAACAAAAAAGACUUAAUAAGUUCAGCUAUCGGUUGUGUUUAUUAUGAGCUUACGAAUCUGUUUGUAGACGGAUGACUUUAUUUUUUAAAAUAUAAGUCUAAAUCCGGAAUCGAGCCUCAUAUAUUUUAUAAUGUAUACUGAAAUUGCAAAUAAUCAUACACAUUUGUUACAUGUAA